GUGAUCAUGACAAGGUAGAGUAGCUGCCCUCUGGCCCCCCUGCACGCUACUGUCUGGCUCUCCGUUACCCCUCGCCACGCACGCAACGCACGCAAACAUGUCCCUGGUGGCUACCCGGGACGCUCAUCCCACUUUACGUGCCUGUGACCAAUUUCUAACUAGAAUUUACUAGGCGUGAUUUGUGGAGUCCUCGCCUAUCGAGUACUUAGUGCUGUCUAAAUAAAGAAUUGAAAAGUGACGUGUGUGUGGAAAGUGGCGUAUGGAAGGUGAUUGGGGGGAAGAAAAGUGAGCAAUUAUUCUCAGUAAUUUCAGUGGAUAAGUUGGGAAGAGAGAGAGAGAGGUAGAUAAGUCGUUGUUUAUUGCCACUUGGACCAGACGGGGUCGUUUGAAGAGGGGUCGUCGCGUCGUUUGGACCGACUGGCGAACAAAGGUGAGCAACAAGCAGGGGGUCACGCUGGUGCUCUGCUCAGCCUCGCUUACCUCUCGCGUACCGCAACAACUUGGAUGGUCCACGAGCCCGGUUUAGAACGGCUACUUGAAGGAAUGCAUGGAACGCGAGCCAAGAAUGAAGCCAGGAGUGCUCAAUGACCCAGAGAAAGAUUUCAUAUUAGUGGCAUAGACAACAACACGACCAGCAAGCUACAACAGCAACUACAAUAAGAAUAAAGAUAGGAAACUCGACAAAGCGUAAAGCGUGUCUAUAUCAACGUCAGCUUGGUCUAUAGUGGGAAAUGUGUAGUAGACCAUACAAAAGACGAACUGAUAGGCGAAAAAGAUAAAGAUUGGUAAGGCGUCGAAAAAUUCUAUUGAUAUAGAAUGCACUUAUAGCAGAAAAAUAAUGGACGAAAUUUGAGGAAUGCGCUUGUAGUCAAGACCUGACACUGAAGUUCUGAUGUAGUGAAUGUGGCAAACAAUUUAGUACUUGGACUGAAUUCUUGUUGGUAAUCGAAAGUUGCAGCGCAAUUUCAGGACAACAGAAGCUUGACGUGCAAAGGGUAGAUAUUUCGUGAUCUUGGGAAAAGGAAUUCAAAUGUUUGCCAGCGAGUCAGAGAGAGAGAGGUGAGAGUGAGUAGACGUAAAGACUUUGAAUUCAACACAGACGUGGUCAGCGCAGAUUUCGAGAGAGGCGCUAGUUAAAUAAUAAAAAUAAUAACAAUAAUAAUAAUAUUAAUUCAGCUGCACAGAAUACAAAUGUCGUCACAUGAAUCCUUGAGUGCACUGGAGGUGUUAGAGUGAGAAAUACCUGUAGUAGUAGUAGUAGUAGAGGUUAGAGACCUAGCGACGAAGACCUGGUAAUGAGAGAGAGGAGCAGGUUUCUCCUCGAUCCCUCUCAGGGUUCCUGAAAGUAGGCGCGAGACGCAAUAUCACGGUGACGAGGCUCAGCCAACCUUGACGAGAUGUGGCUGACCCUAUGGCGCACCUUCGGCAUCGUCUUCUUCGUCGUCUUUUUGCCAGGAUGUCUGCCUGGCUACCACGAACGGAGGCUCCUUAACGACCUCCUGCGGGACUACAACAAGCUGGAACGACCCACGGCCAACGAGUCUUCAGCCAUCGUUGUCAAACUGGGUCUCACGCUUCAACAGAUCAUCAACGUGGAUGAGAAGAAUCAGAUCCUUACAACGAACGUCUGGCUUAAUUUUGAAUGGACAGACCACAACCUGAUGUGGAAUGAGUCGGACUACGGAGGUGUGGCUGAUCUAAGAAUUCCACCUAAAUUCUUGUGGACGCCCGACGUCCUUAUGUACAACAGUGCGGAUGAGGGUUUCUCCAGCACGUACCCGACGAACGUGGUGGUAGCCAGCUCGGGUCUUUGUACCCACAUCCCACCUGGUAUCUUCUUCUCCACUUGUCGCAUCGACAUUACCUGGUACCCCUUCGAUGACCAGAAGUGCAACAUGAAGUUCGGCUCCUGGACCUACGACUCCGCCAAGAUUGAUCUCCAGAUGAAUAAUGAUGAAGGCGGUGACCUGAGUGGAUAUAUCACCAACGGCGAGUGGGACCUUAUAGGUGAGUCUGUACCUGGGAAGAGGAACACACUUUCCUACACAUGUUGUCCAGAGAUCUAUGUGGACGUGACCUUCCAGAUCCACAUACGGCGACGGACGCUCUAUUACUUCAGCAACCUCAUCAUGCCCUGUGUUCUCAUUUCGUCCAUGGCGUUGCUAGGGUUCACCUUACCCCCAGACUCCGGGGAGAAGCUCACAUUAGAAAUCACAAUCCUGCUUUCUCUGACGGUUUUCAUGACUGUUGUUGCGGAAAAAUUGCCUCAAGUUUCUGAUGCGAUACCAUUGUUAGCUACCUACUUCAACUGCAUCAUGUUCAUGGUAGCGUCGUCUGUGGUGCUGACUGUUGUGGUGCUCAACUACCACCAUCGCACGCCUACCACCCAUGCCAUGCCGAACUGGGUAAGUGGAGCUCUAGGACAAGCCACCCAAGAUACCUCCCCAUACGAAGCUCUCAAGAUGCCGAGAUGGAUACGGUUGGUGUUGCUUCAGUGGCUUCCCUGGAUCCUGCGCAUGAACCGACCAGGCAAGAAGAUUAGUCGUAAGACCAUCAUGAUGAACAACAAGAUGCGGGAACUGGAACUGAAAGAACGCUCUUCCAAGUCGCUCCUGGCCAACGUGUUAGAUAUCGACGAUGAUAUCCGCCAGAUCCAAGCUAUGGGCACUGGCACUCCCUCCCACAACGGGGGUUACCCUCGCCUCCUGGGCAGGUCCUACGAGGAAGGGGGACCUAUCAUCACCCCUCACUCAUCCUUUUGCUUUAAUAACACUCGGGAACUGCAGAGUAUCUUGCGGGAGCUGAGGUACAUCACGGGGCAGAUGAGGAGCAAGGAUGAGGUGAAUGAGAUCGUGGUAGAUUGGAAGUUUGCAGCUAUGGUGGUGGACCGCUUCUGCCUCAUUGCCUUUACUACCUACACAGUCAUCUCUACCAUCGUUGUCUUCCUCUCAGCGCCACAUAUCAUCAUCUCAUAGGAAUAAAGGGGAGGUUAAGGAGAGAGGAAUGACGUUGAGAUAUUAACUGUUUUAUGAGUAUUUCAUUCCAAGCAGCGAAAAACUAAUUUUGAUUUGAAAUCAAAGACAUUAGGUAAAUCAGAUUUAAUAAUAUCUUGAAUAAAGAUGUCUUGUAUGAAAAAUCACAAUAAUAAAAUUACUAAAUAUUUUAACAUUAAUAUUUGGGACAUUAUGUAGAUCUACAGUUUGUGUUUACAUAUGCAAACAAAAUCUUGUGUGUAAAUUUAUUAAUUAACAUACUGCGUUUCAAUGUCAAUUACGUUUUAGCGGUCAUUCUUAGUAUAAACACGUAAUAUAUCUCAUCAUAUCAAGAGCUUGGCUAGGGUAAUAUAGAACAGAAGCGAGGGUAGACAAAUCCAUAGAUUAUAUCGUUAAGAGAAAUAGGAAAAUACUGUAUUUUUCCACGAAUGCGAUUGUCCAAGACUUUAUUUACGUGGGAAUGACCACAAAAAUCAUUUAAUCCUAAGGUUGCAUGGGAUCCCUUGUCAGUGUAACUAAUGCUAACAAUUUUGCCUUGCAUUUCCAUUGACCCAUACGAUGGGAUAUUUGGCGAACAAUAGGAGAAAAAUAAAUAUUUCCAUUACCAGACGAAAAAGAAUGUCCGCCAAAAUUUAAAAGUUUUAUACAACCUGUAUACAUAACAAGAAAUGUAGUGUAAGCGUUUUUACAUUAUAACUUCCGUCUGUCCUAAACACUGGCGCCAUCUGGUUAUGGAGUCAACAGGAUUAUAUUUUUUGGAAAGACAUUUUUCAGUUACAUUUAUCUUUACCAAUAUAGACAAUAACGUGCUCUUAGAAACCUUUAUAGCACCUGAAUGUCUAUUAAAUUUAAAAAAAUAUAUAUAUAACAAAUAACUGAGCUAUUACAAGAAUAAGUCCCCUGAUAAAUGAAAGAGUUACAGGGGCAAUUUUAUUUACAAAAUGAGUUAUAGCAUUAAGAGAAAUAGGAAAAUACUGUCUUUUUCAUUUGGGGGAAGGUGGUAGGUAAGGAAGUGAUUGAACAGGUUGAACUGAAGUAAACCAGGAGGUGGAGGUAAACCCACGAUUUCUUGUUACUCUACGGGAUAGGAUCAUUCGUUCCACGUAUUUAUGCCAUGCCAGUUUAUAGGACCAAUCAUCCCUUGGAGCCACGGCACAUUGUUAUAGGAUCACUCUAUCUAUGGAGUUAUAUUGUAAUAUUGAUAGGAUCUUCCGUACGACGAAAUCAUAGGACAACACAAAAUUCCUGUAUGCCACGAGGACAUAUCAGAGAAUCAGAUAUAAUAUCCUUACUCAAAAGAACCAUUAACAACCAUGAGUCAAUACAGAUUAUAGGAUUCAUCAACCCCACGAAGACAUAUCAGAGGAUAUGAUCCUUCAUAAUAUGAGGGGAUAUCAGGUAUGAUAUCACUCGUACCCCGAACUCCCAACAGGAAUAUAGGAUCUCUUAGUAUCAUAACAGUGGGAUGAAUUAAACGUACCCACUUCGUCAUAAUUUGGAGAUAAUCAACUGAACGCAGAACGUAUUUUCAUCAACUAUCAAAAUACUCGAUCCUACGAGGUCACAACCAUAAAACCGGAUCACUAGAGAGAUAGGAUUUAUUCAUAACCCUGGAGGUCAUGACACAGGAGUGUGUCGUUCGUAUUCACUAGGCCACAAUAUUGGACUGAAUUGUUCGUGUCAGACGACCAUAUCUGAGCUUAUGAAUGUUCUAAUCUGCUGUAUCAGAGGUAAAUAACAUGAUCUAUCCCAAGAGAUACAACACAACAACAUGUGUGGUCAUAAACAGGGCAUGAUAACAGAUAAUAACAUUGCAUACUAAGAUUCAAUAGAGUUUGAACAGGAAUAUAAUUCUUUUUCUAGUAGACACUUCUAGAAUAUAAUUGGCCCAAUGGCUCCCACCGUUCGGGAAUUCGAACACCAGAACACGAUUUGCACAAGUCUUCGAACACCUACCCACAAAUAAAUAAAUAUGUGCACCUUGCGCCAGGCUUUAUGAGAACACCCCCAAACACCCGCAGAAAAGCUCCAAUAAUACCUACAGAAGAACACCAACAAUAUCUGCACAUGUACCCCCUCGCCAGCAUACUAACACGGCCAACACCUGCAAAAGAACACCAUAACGGCUGCAAAAGAACACCCACAUCUGCACAAGAACACCAACAGCUGCACAACACCCCUAACACCUACACAAGAAAGUUCACGCCAGCCCAGGAACACUAACUUCAGAAAAAGAACACAACACCAACACAACACCACCAGAACACCACUAACACCAACACAACACCACUAACACAACACAACACCAUUAACACACUGUUGUGUCUUUUCAAAGCUCUAAAAUUACAGAGCUCUGUGCUUGCAAGAAUUUAUGGUUAAAUGACUCCGUUUUUCAAUAUGAUGCCAGCUUAUUCAAAAAAAGGCAAAGCUUACGUUUGUUCAGGGGCGCGUUCUUGUAAGGUCUGAAACUUGCAAGAGCUUUUUCCGAACAGGCUACGUGCAAACAGAGCUCCUGUCUGUGCAAGCCUCCAGGAUUGCAAAGGAACGAGUUUGCAAAUUAAUAAAGAGGUAUUUGUGAUAAUUACCAGUUAUUCCAAAUUGUUAUUCAUCUAAAUUGCUAUACCCAUUCGCCUUGUUUGAAAGACAAAAUUAAGAGUAAAUUUCAGUAAAGUGAACGAGACUAAAAAAUCCUAAAAUCUCCAAAAUCCGGAUAUUGACACUGUGCUUAACCAAACAAUUAUGAAAUUUAUCAUUUAUUUCUUCUGGUGGUUCAAAUGGUAAUGGAAAGAUUAAUACUUCUUAGAAUUUACAAUAACAAAUAUUAUAACGAGGCACCAGGGGGCCUCGUAGCCUGGUGGAUAGCGCGCAGGACUCGUGAUUCUGUGGCGCGGGUUCGAUUCCCGCACGAGGCAGAAACAAAUGGGCAAAGUUUCUUUCAUCCUGAAUGCCCCUGUUA